AUGUGUGAGGAACCAGUGAGCCUGCAGCAGAAGCUGUACGGAUUUGUGGAGGAACCUGUUAGCCUGCAGGAGAAGCUGUACGGACAAGUGGAUGAACCUGUUAGCCUGCAGGAGAAGUUAUACGGAGAGGUGGAUGAACCUGUGAGCCUGCAGGAGAAGCUGUACGGAUAUGUGGAGAAACCGGUAAGCCUGCUGGGAAAGCUGUACGGACAGGUGGAGGAACCUGUUAGCCUGCAGGAGAAGCUGUGCGGACAGGUGAAUGAUCCUGUUAGACUGCAGGAGAAUCUGAACGGAGAGGUGGAAGAACCUGUGAGCCUGCAGGAGAAGCUGUACGGACAGAUCCUGCAGGAGAAGCUGUACGGAGAGGUGGAGGAACCUGUUAGCAUGCAUGAGAAGCUGUACGAAGAGGUGGAGGAACCUGUGAGCCUGCAGGAGAAGCUGUACGGAGAGGCGGAGGAACCUGUUAGCCUGCAGGAGAAGCUGUAUGGACAGGUGAAGGAACCUCUUAGCCAGCAGGAGAAGCUGUAUGGACAGGUAGAGGAAACUGUAAGCAUGCAGGGGAUGUUUGGACAGGUGGAGGAACCUUUGCGCCUGCAGGAGAAGCUGUAUAGACAGCCGGAGGAACCUGUGGAGGAACCUGUUAGCCUGCAGGAGAAGCUGUAUGGACAGGUGGAGGAACCUGUUAGCCUGCAAGCGAAGAUGUACAGAGCGGUGGAGAAACCUGGGAGCCUGCAGGAGAAGAUGUAUGAACAGGUGGAUGAACCUGAUAGCCUGCAGGAGAAGCUGUAUGGACAGGUGGAGGAACCUUUUAGCCUACAGGACAAGCUCCUGCAGGCGAAGGUGUACGGAGAGGCGGAGGAACUUGAUAGCCUGCAGGAAAAGCUGUACGUAGAGGUGAAUGAACAUGUGAGGCUGCAGGAGAAGCUGUAUAGACAGGUAGAGGAACCUGUAAGCCCGCAGGAGAAGAUGUAUGGACAGGUGGAAGAACUGUAA